ACAGCAGCAGGGAACAGUGUAUACCAUGUUUCAGGGUUUUAAUAGAUAAGUAUGAAUCACAGUUAGGAUCUGUGAGGCACGGGUAAUUACAAAGCAUUUACAGUGUAUCAAAGUAGAUCAAGUUGUUAACUGCAAUAAUAAGAUAACAUGCCUCGUUAUACGGUUACCGCACAGUAAUUAUUUUAUAGUAAUUUAGAAUUAAAAUCAUUUAAAAAUUCUUAUUCCUGAUAAUCCUUAAAUCUGGAUUAUGGGCUGUGUAUCCAGACUCAAUCCAUUUGAAUCACUGUUACUGUAUUCUGAGGUUUCAGCAGUACAUAUCAGAGUUCACUGUUACUGUAUUCUGAGGUUUCAGCAGUACAUAUCAGAGUUCACUGUUACUGUAUUCUGUGGCGUCAGCAGUACAUAUCAGAGUUCACUGUAACUGUAUUCUGAGGUGUCAGCAGUACAUAUCAGAGUUCACUGUUACUGUAUUCUGUUGCGUCAGCAGUACAUAUCAGAGUUCACUGUUACUGUAUUCUGAGGUGUCAGCAGUACAUAUCAGAGUUCACUGUUACUGUAUUCUGUGGCGUCAGCAGUACAUAUCAGAGUUCACUGUAACUGUAUUCUGAGGUGUCAGCAGUACAUAUCAGAGUUCACUGUUACUGUAUUCUGUUGCGUCAGCAGUACAUAUCAGAGUUCACUGUUACUGUAUUCUGAGGCGUCAGCAGUACAUAUCAGAGUUCACUGUUACUGUAUUCUGAGGCGUCAGCAGUACAUAUCAGAGUUCACUGUUACUGUAUUCUGUGGCGUCAGCAGUACAUAUCAGUUCACUGUUACUGUAUUCUGAGGUGUCAGCAGUACAUAUCAGAGUUCACUGUUACUGUAUUCUGAGGCGUCAGCAGUACAUAUCAGAGUUCACUGUUACUGUAUUCUGUGGCGUCAGCAGUACAUAUCAGUUCACUGUUACUGUAUUCUGAGGUGUCAGCAGUACAUAUCAGAGUUCACUGUUACUGUAUUCUGAGGUGUCAGCAGUACAUAUCAGAGUUCACUGUUACUGUAUUCUGAGGCGUCAGCAGUACAUAUCAGAGUUCACUGUUACUGUAUUCUGAGGCGUCAGCAGUACAUAUCAGAGUUCACUGUUACUGUAUUCUGUGGCGUCAGCAGUACAUAUCAGUUCACUGUUACUGUAUUCUGAGGUGUCAGCAGUACAUAUCAGAGUUCACUGUUACUGUAUUCUGAGGUGUCAGCAGUACAUAUCAGAGUUCACUGUUACUGUAUUCUGAGGCGUCAGCAGUACAUAUCAGAGUUCACUGUUACUGUAUUCUGAGGCGUCAGCAGUACAUAUCAGAGUUAUUGUAAUAAUUUCACGAGGAAGCGUUGCACAAUAAUAAAACAAACCUGAAACAAUAAUUUCUACUAGGUACCAGGUAGCUAGGCUUUGUAGUGAAACAGAGGGAGGCAGUUUCAACUGUCAUUUAAGAAAACAAACCAAUAGAUAUCAAUGGUUCAGUAAGGGUUCCUUAGUCCUGAUAAUGUUUGUACUAGUUAGUAUAAAUAUCAACAUAAGAAAAUGGCUUAUUGUUCCUGAGCAUUUAUUUAAUCAUCCACUGUUUCAUUGUUGUUCCACAUUGAGGUUAAGAAAAAGAUGGCGUGUUUUUCCUUGCGUGGUCUUUUGAGCUGGUUCAUAUUCAGGUGUAGUGUAGCAUGGAGCGUCAUGCACCACAAUGCAGUCUAUUUAUACACUGAGGGGUUGUGUGUUACUGUGCUUGAAUUAACAUGAAGAUAUCCACCACCUUUAGAAUCUAAAACCAGAGGGUAGGAAGGAAGGAAGGAGGGCGACUAGAGAGUAAUGUCUGAUUUCUGUCUAUCACUCUGGUGGUGUAUUUUUAGUAACUUGUUUAUUCCAAACAUGAUCUGUCUGAAAAUGACCUCCACAUCCUGCCAUCGGGGUUGGAACUGAUCUGAUUCUAUAUCUCUCUUCCUCAAUUUUACUCUCUCUGUGGCUCUGUGUUCCAGCUCUCUCCUCUCUCUCUCUCUCUCUCUCUCUCUCUCUCUCUGUGGCUCUGUGUUCCAGCUCUCUCCCUCUCUCUGUGUGUCUCUGUGUUCCAGCUGUCUCCUCUCUCUCUCUCUCUCUCUCUCUCUGUGUGUCUGUGUUCCAGCUGUCUCCUCUCUCUCUCUCUCUCUCUCUCUCUCUCUGUGUGUCUCUGUGUUCCAGCUGUCUCCUCUCUCUCUCUCUCUCUCUCUCUCUGUGUGUCUCUAUGUUCCAGCUGUCUCCUCUCUCUCUCUCUCUCUGUGUGUCUCUGUGUUCCAGCUCUCUCCUCUCUCUCUCUCUGUGUCUCUAUGUUCCAGCUGUCUCCUCUCUCUCUCUGUGGCUCUGUGUUCCAGCUCUCUCCUCUCUCUCUCUCUGUGUCUCUGUGUUCCAGCUGUCUCUUCUCUCUCUCUGUGUUCCAGCUGUUUCUUCUCUCUCUCUGUGUUCCAGCUGUCUCUUCUCUCUCUCUGUGUUCCAGCUGUCUCUUCUCUCUCUGUGUCUCUAUGUUCCAGCUGUCUCCUCUCUCUCUCUCUGUGUGUCUCUGUUCCUGCUGUCUCCUCUCUCUCUGUGUCUCUGUGUUCCAGCUGUCUCUUCUCUCUCUGUGUCUCUGUGUUCCAGCUGUCUCUUCUCUCUCUGUGUCUCUAUGUUCCAGCUGUCUCCUCUCUCUCUCUGUGUCGCUGUGUUCCAGCUGUCUCCUCUCUCUCUCUGUGUCUCUGUUCCAGCUGUCUCCUCUCUCUCUGUCUCUGUGUUCCAGCUGUCUCUUCUCUCUCUGUGUCUCUAUGUUCCAGCUGUCUCCUCUCUCUCUCUGUGUCGCUGUGUUCCAGCCGUCUCCUCUCUCUGGGUGUGUCUCUGUGUUCCAGCAGUCUCCUCUCUCUGUCUCUAUUUUCCAGCUGUCUCCUCUCUCUCUCUCUCUCUCUCUCUCUCUCUCUCUCUCUCUCUCUCUCUCUCUCUCUCUCUCUCUCUCUCUGUGUCUCUGUGUCUCUAUGUUCCAGCUGUCUCCUCUCUCUCUCUCUCUCUCUGUGUCUCUAUGUUCCAGCUGUCUCCUCUCUCUCUCUCUCUCUCUCUCUCUCUCUCUCUCUCUCUCUCUCUCUCUCUGUCUCUCUCUCUCUCUCUCUCUGUCUCUGUCUCUCUCUCUCUGUCUCUCUCUCUCUGUCUCUCUCUCUCUGUCUCUCUGUCUCUCUCUCUCUCUCUCUGUCUCUGUCUCUCUCUCUCUGUCUCUCUCUCUCUGUCUCUCUCUCUCUGUCUGUCUCUGUCUGUCUCUCUCUGUCUCUCUCUCUCUCUCUGUCUCUCUCUCUCUGUCUCUCUCUCUCUCUCUCUCUCUCUCUCUCUCUCUCCGUGUCUCUGUGUUCCAGAUGUCUCUUCUCUCUCUGUGUCUCAGUGUUCCAGCUGUUUCUUCACACCAUCCCUCCCCCUUUUUCUCUCCCUCCCUCACCCCCUUUAAGCGUUGGUACCUCUUCAUAGCAGAGAUAAAGUGAUGACACAGGUCAUGAGAAGUGAAGUGUAAUGGCAGACUGGAACCAUGUAGAUGACAGUAAGCAGGACUGUCUCAUGUAAUACAAUCUAAUCCUAUCUGAGGUUGGGCUCUGGAUGUGGGGUCACUAACCAACCAGAGUCUGUUGCCCAGUCUUAUAUCACCCUCUACCUCCACACGUCAUGUUGAUCUGAGACGUUUGGAUGUGUUGAAGAGAGAUGGUUGUUCAACUCUGCUGAACCUUCCAGAAGGCUACUGUAGGUGCUUAAACCCAUCUGAUGCUUUAAGAGGAACUAAAAAGGGGAUAAUUUUGGAACGGGCAAAGGAGUUCCCUCCAGUAUUCUACACCUCAGCCUAAAAUAGGAAACAGAAUAUGUUGGACUUCCUGAGCCGUGUAAAGUUGAGCGCUUUUUACCAUAAGUGUUAUUUAAGGUUUAACUGCAAUUUGGUGUUUAUUAUUCAUACAUAGAGCACAAGUCUGAGGGUCCGGUGUCCCACACACACUCUGAGGGGGCUUGUUUCUGACUUUCUCGCUCACACUUGUUUGCAUGCCUGUGUUUUGGAUGUGAGUGAUGUCAUGAACAGGGUGCGUGUCAGUUCCAUUUCAACGUUGUCAUUUCAGGAAGGGAACUGAAUAUCAACUCAUUCUGAGUGGACAUGGAACUGACCCCAGCCCUGAUUAACACUUAACUGCAGAGCUCAAAGGAGGAUAUAUUUGAAGGUAUUUUUGCUCGCUAUCAACUUAUGAGUCCUUCACCUUUUGUAUCAUUCCAUCUCUGAAUAAGUUUUUAAAAAAUGUGAAAGAAGAUAAAAGAUAAUUUGUUGUUGAUGUUUUUGUGUAUUUUGCUCUUCAUUUCUUCACAACUACGUCACAUCAAAAUGGUGUUUGUAUGUUUAAAUACCCACUCAAACAUCCACCUCUUUUUCUUACUCUUUCUUUUACCUCUGUGGUCAUGUCUUAGCAGUUUUCAUGUUUUAGCCGUUUUCAUGUCUUAGCAGUUUCCUCAAAUUAAAACACUACUAUUGGAGGAAUAGUGCACUUAUUUUUGUGUUUUUUCCUCAAUGUUCUGCAGCUUUUUAUUUCACUUGUUGGAGAUUUCUAAAAUAAUAAUUUGAACACUAAAUGUGAUGCAAAAAGUGGAAAUUCCUCGUCUUCCAAAAGACUUUUAUCCCUGGAGCGAGUUUAGGAACAACCCCCUGGAGCGAGUUUAGGAACAACCCCCUGGAGCGAGUUUAGGAACAACCCCCUGGAGCGAGUUUAGGAACAACCCCCUGGAGCGAGUUUAGGAACAACCCCCUGGAGCGAGUUUAGGAACAACCCCCUGGAGCGAGUUUAGGAACAACCCCCUGGAGCGAGUUUAGGAACAACCCCCUGGAGCGAGUUUAGGAACAACCCCCUGGAGCGAGUUUAGGAACAACCCCCUGGAGCGAGUUUAGGAACAACCCCCUUGAAGUUUUGUACCCAGUUUGCACAAACAAUGGUAACAUUACCAUACCGUUAUGGCAAAACAUGGCACAACGUUUUCUCAACGUUGCGUGAACUGAAUUGUAUGUUAGCUAUUGGUCCAGUGUUCCGGACCCAUGUCAGGCUUGUGAUAUGAAGUGUAAAUCUGUUUUUCAUUUAUUUUUUUUAAUGUUUUUGUUCAUUUUUUUGUUUUUAUUUUUUGAAGAUCAGUUAGUGAUCUUCGUACCAUAACUAAGCCAAGUUUGUUAUUGUAUAAUAUGUACUGUAAGAUGUAGAACAUUGAAUAACUAUUAAAAUAUUCCUAUAAAAGGAA